AUGAAGUUCUCACUCCCCGCCGUCCUGGCGCCGCUGGCCGUCCUCGCCCUCCCGGCCGAAGACCCAUCCUCCUACUACUACGACGUGCCCGGGAACCGCCCGACGAGCAGCGUCGACAGUCUCUUCCAGAAGUACGGCAAGCUCUACUUCGGGGCCUCGACCGACAACGGCAUCCUCCAGAAGGGCCGCACGGCCGAGAUCAUCGGCAGGAACUUUGGCCAGGUGACGCCCGAGUACUCGAUGAAGUGGAACGAGACCCAGCCCGUCCCCGGCGUCUUCAACUUUGACAACGCCGACUACCUCGUCGACUGGGCCCGCGGCAACGGCGACAAGGUGGUCCGCGGCCACACGCUCCUGUGGUACCGCACGGUGCCCGACUGGGUGGCCGAGAUCACGGACGCGGAGACCCUCACCGAGGUCAUCGAGACGCACAUCACGACCGUGGUGGGAUAUUUCAAGGGCAAAGUCCGAUCCUGGGACGUCGUCAACGAGCCCUUUAACGACGACGGCACCCUCCGGAGCAACGUGUUCUCGGACGUGCUGGGAGAGGAAUACAUCGGCAUCGCCUUCCGCGCGGCGAGGGCCGCAGACCCCGGCGCAAUGCUCUACAUCAACGAGUACAACCUCGACGUGGCGUGGUGGGACAAGGUGACGGCCGUGGUCAACAAGGUCAACCAGUGGAUCGGCGAGGGCAUUCCCAUCGACGGCAUAGGUUCUCAGACGCACCUGGUGCCGGGCAUGGCUGGGGAAAUCGAGGGCGCGCUGGAGAUGCUCGCGUCCAGCGGCGUCUCCGAGGUCGCCAUCACCGAGCUCGACAUCGACACCGCCCCGCCCGACGACUACGCCACCGUCGUGGCCGCGUGCCUCAACGUCCCCAAGUGCGUGGGCAUCACGGUCUGGGGCAUCAGCGACAAGGAUUCUUGGAAGGGCGAAAACCAGCCGCUCUUGUUCGACGAGGACUACAAGCAGAAGCCGGCGUACAAAGCCAUUGUCUCGAUGCUGAGGAUGGGAUGGCAUAAACGUUGA